AUGGACAAAAGUAGGAUGAAAAAACCUCGACAUACAAAAGAGUAUGUUGAUGGUGUCAAUGAGUUUUUGAAGUUUGCAUGUGAGAAUUGUCCUACAGAUUCAUCGAUUUGUUGCCCAUGUAGAAAAUGUGGAUUGCGUAUGAUGUUCAUGCCCAGCAUGGUAUUUGAUCAUUUGAUUAGCUAUGGAAUUUCUCAAGGUUACACCAUUUGGCAUGCUCAUGGGGAGAGAAAAGGGGAGGCAUCUUACCAUGCUAUUGGUGCCCAAAACAAUAAUGAGCAAAUAAAUGAAGGCUCCAGUGGGAUGACAACUAUGUUACAUGACGUUUUUCCAAUGUUUGAUCCUGAAAUAGUCGAAGGUACUGGGCCUGAAAUACGUGUGGAAGUUGGAGAAGCUGGAGUGCAAUAUGAAAAUCGACAAGAUUCAAAUGAGAGAGUUAAUAAAUUUUACAAUAUGUUAAAAGAUGCUGAUGAGCCAUUAUAUGAAGGGUGCACAAAACAUACUAAGUUUAGUGCUAUCGUACGUCUAUGGAAUAUAAAGUGUUUGGGUGGAUUGAGUAAUAGCAUAUUUACAGAAUUGCUUGAAUUUGUGAAUGAGUUGCUCCCACCAGGAGCAUCAUUGCCUAAAAAUACAUACGAGGCGAAGAAGUACAUGAAUGAGUUAGGGCUUGGAUACGAGAAGAUCUUAGUAUGUCCCAAUGGUUGUAUGUUAUUUUGGAAGGACAAUGAGAAUCUGGAAACAUGCGUGGUAUGUGGAGCAUCAAAGUGGAAGCAAAAAGAGUCUAUGGAUGAAAGCUCUAAAAAAGGUAAAAGAAGUCCAGCAAAAAUAUUACGGUGGUUUCCGUUAAAACCAAGGUUGCAAAGGCUUUUUAUGUCAUCGAAGACUUCUUCACAAAUGAAAUGGCAUGCUAUAGGCCGCACAAAUGAUGGGGUACUAAGGCAUCCAGCAGAUGGUUUGGCUUGGAAGACGUUUGAUUCACAACAUGAUGAGUUUGCCUCUGACCCCCGCAAUGUUAGGCUUGGUUUAUCUGCAGAUGGCUUUAAUUCUUUUGGUAACAUGAGCAUUUCCUAUAGUACCUGGCCGGUUAUGUUGGUACCUUACAAUUUACCUCCUUGGAUGUGCAUGAAACGAUCAACUUUCAUGCUAUCUUUGAUUAUACCGGGACCAUCAUCACCUUCAAUGAAUAUAGAUGUAUAUUUAGAGCCUCUAAUAUCAGAAUUAAAGGAAUUAUGGGAGAUUGGAGCACCAACCUAUGAUGUUUGCUCUAGAGAGAUAUUUACAAUGCGUGCGGCUUUAAUGUGGACGAUAAAUGAUUUUCCUGCAUAUGGUGAUUUGUCUGGAUGGAGUACGAAAGGUCGUUUAGCAUGUCCUUGUUGUAUGGGUAAUACACGAUCUAGAUGGCUGAAACAUGGAAAAAAAUUUUCCUAUAUGGGGCAUAGACGAUUCUUGCCAAUAAAUCAUAAGUGGAGAAUGAUGGCAAGAACAUUUGAUGGUACACGAGAAAUUGAUCCUCCACCUACUAUGCCAACACCUGAUGAAAUUUUGGAACAAUUGGAUGAUGAAAGAUGCAAUGAUAGAACAAAUCGUAAAAGAAAUAGAGUUGUGGGGUCCACUACUGUUAAGGAACACUCAUGGAAGAAACGUAGUAUUUUCUUUAGUUUGCCUUACUGGAAGGAUAAUUUAUUGCGUCAUAAUCUUGAUGUGAUGCACAUUGAAAAAAAUUGUGGUGGAUAA